CAGGAAAAACACCAUUGACAGCUUUUGCCUUGACAUAAAUAGUGGAUUCCGCAUGUAUCUAACUUCAUAUAGCUUUUGUCAUUAUAGCUUACGUUACGCAUCUCUGGACCUAUCAAAGGCAAUUCUCAGACUAAGUAAGCAAGCCAUGGAGUUCUCCGAUGAGAUUUCUAUGAUUAUGGAUUUGAACCCAUAGAUGGUGAUCAAUCGCAAGGAAACAGUUAGGAGGAAGGUGUGUGGAGGGGACAGCAUUGGGAGUCACCGGUAAAUGAUGAGGUUCUAAGAUGCACCUCGUACAAGAGGAGGACGAUGAGUUACUUGCUCCAGAAUAGGAGUAACUCUAGGUUGAUGAGCUAAGAUCUAGACAAAUUAAGAAACCUGGAUAUAUGGAGGAAGAGGAGGAUCCUUCUCCUUUUCAUAUGACUGCAUACUUUGACAAAGCCCUAGAUUCUUUGUUCAAUCAGUAUCUAAUUGCGACACUGUCAAAUCCACAAAAUAAAAGCCAGAGACUCCCCGGCUUGCCUUCUAAGAAUGGAGAUAAAGAAGAUCAGGAGAUAAGUAUUGAUCUCCUUCACAAAUUGACUCCUCAGAAUGUUUUCACUUGGAAUAUGAAGAAGAUGACAAGUAUAAUUCAGCAUGGCGCUUUUUCUACAUUGGAUGAGCAUAUACAAGAAAGUACUUACUGGGUUGAAUCAACUAAAAUCAGAAGUGAAAAUGAGUCAGAAAAUGCAAUAAAAAAUAUUUCAGAAUGUUGCUAAGCCAAGAUCCGCUGGUGAGUUUUUGGUUUGGGUUUUUUGUGUUGGGGGGUAUAGUAUUUGGGUGAUCCAGAGCUGGUUUGGUUUUUUGUAUGUGAGUAGGGACUGGAUUUAGGAGUGGUAAAGCGAGGUGGAGUGCUGGGUAAGGGCAAUAAAGGUGUGGUGCUCCU